AUGAAAUUUAGUGGCGGUGGAUCUGCAUUGUGGUAUUUUCAGUACUUUGGACUUCCUUUAUCGCUAGGAGUAGUAAUAUAUAAAUUUUUAAAUAAUUUGUCUCUGCGUAAACGGAAGACAUUAUUAAAAGGCAAGGUAGUAGUGAUAACUGGUGCAAGCUCUGGUAUCGGUGAGGCUUUAUCUCAUGUUUUCUAUGAGCAAGGAUGCCAAAUAGUCCUUGCAGCAAGAAGAAUAUCAGAACUGGAAAGAGUCAAACAAGAUCUUAUCUCAAAGAAGAAAGCAUUAAGCAUAGAUCCUAUUGUUUUGGAAUUAGAUCUUGGAGCCCUUGAUCAACUCAAUGCUUUUAUCAACAAAGUUUAUGAUGUUUGUGGUCAUAUUGAUAUAUUAAUUAAUAAUGGAGGUGUUUCUCAUCGAGGCUCAAUAUUGUAUACAAAGUUGGAAGUAUACAAGCAAAUUAUGAACAUAAACUAUCUUGGAUCUGUUGGUUUAACACUAGCUGUUUUGCCAAAAAUGAUUGAAAGAAAAAGUGGUCACAUAGUUUUUAUAAGCUCUGUGCAAGGAUUAAUUGGUUUACCAGAGCGUUCUGCAUAUGCAGCAUCCAAGCAUGCCAUGCAAGCAUUUGGUGACUCAUUACGUGCCGAAAUGAAACAACAUAACGUAAAUGUUUCAGUUAUAAGCCCAGGAUAUGUUAAAACAUCUGUUUCAAUCAAUGCCCUUACUGGAAAUGGGACUCCACAUGGAGUUAUGGACGCAAAGAAGAGCACGCUUUACGAAGUAGCAUCCCUAUUGCGGAAGGCAUUUAAUAACAUUUCACCUAUUGGUAAAGGGGAAUCGGGAUUUAGGGGUACUGGUAUUUACGCAAUAAACCACGACGUGUUUUCUGGAGAAUAUUUUCUGCCAGCCGCAUUGCUCCAAUCAAAGACUACUGCCAUUAAAAACUAUGAGGAGUCAGAUGCUAUUGAUGACCCAGCACCAGAUGAAUCUUCAAUAACUGCCACAUCAAUGCAUGUUGGUUCACUGCUGCCACCACCACCAACUUCUAGCGCAGUUGAUUGUCCAGGCCCUGGC